CUGCAGGCACUUCGCGCUAAUCACAGAUGCACCUGAGGACGAGUGCUGAGUGUUUAUUUUAGUGAUAAACUGUGCCUCAUCGCCGAUAACGUAAAGGAGUAAUGUGCUAAUCUCACGGGGUUCUUAAAGGCCAAAAGAUACUCGACUGUCGUUGGAAUCGUCGACCAAACAUCAAGCAUGGCUGAAGAAAAUCACACAACUGCAAGUUCGAUCCUGCAAAUGACGAUUCAGGAUGUAAUGUUCAAUGGAAGUGCAAAGCAACACUUGAAUCUGACUGGAAUUAAUGGUGUGAGCACACAACUAAAGCUCUACGACAUCCUCGUACCGAUUCUUGGUAUUUUUAUUAUCGUGACGAAUCUCAUAGUCGUUCUAUCAUCGGGAUUGAUUAUCAAUAAAGGAGUCAGCCCAAAAACGACUUAUCUAUUCCUGGGAAACGUCGCAAUGGCAGACCUUGUAACUGGUGCUGCUGUCCUCUUGGGCCAAUUUUAUCCAAGGACAUAUCGCACUCAUCUCUCAUGCGCCAUACAAUUGGGAAUGAUAGUGUCGAGUACUGUGGCGUCUUUGUACUCUGUCGGUCUGAUAGCAGUGGAUCGAUUCUUGUAUAUAUUGCAUGGACUGAAGUACAACCGUUGGAUGUACCCGAAGAGAGCUCGUCUUCUCAUCGGGUUCACAUGGAUAGUGGGAAUAAUUCUUGGUUUCUUGCCAGCAACAGGAUUGUGGACCGGUACGACAGAACAUGGAAAAUUCUGUUGGUACAUAUUACUGGCUCCACCGGGUCUCAUACUUCUAACCACAAUCGUUGGUCUGCUGCCGAUACUGCUGGUGGUGGUUCUUUAUGGUAUAAUAUUGUACCGCGCGAUCCAGAAGGUGUUCCAGCUUCGUCGAGCUGACAGGAAUCGAUUGAAUCAAACCACAAGCCAGGAUGAGAACUUCCGGAUAUUCCGCGGCGGAGAUUCUACGUCGAAUAAUAACGCGGCGAAGGAAACCAGAAAGACUAAGCCUUCUAAAGUGAAAGCGGUUAAAGUGGUCAUGUUCACUUGCGGCAGUAUCGUCCUGACUUGGAUUCCUUAUUUCAUCGCCAGCUGCGUUUAUGUCUUCUGCGAUUCCGCUGCCGGCGAAUGCAAGACACUCAGAAUCGCAAUAGCUUCGCCACUCGCUAUACUUGGCUUUUUGAACUCUCUGUUUAACCCUGUUAUAUACGCAUGGUGGCACAACGGUUUUCGAACUUCCGUGCAAAAAUUAUUCUGCAAGAAACGAUCUUCCAGCCAAUCGCAAAACACUUCUAGUACACAAUCCAGUCAGAAAACCGUUAGUUCGAAAUCAGUGAGGUCUGGGAGUUCCAGCGAUGUGGAAACACGUCACAUUCCAAAUCGGAAGUAG